AUGAAUGAAGCAAAACCGGUGAGCACUCCAUUAGCAAACCACUUCAAGCUUUCUGUUGAUCAGUGUCCCAAGUCGGACAAGGAGACUCAGGAUAUGGUGGAGAUACCUUAUGCCAGUGUUGUUGGAUGUCUGAUGUAUGUCAUGAACCUUCCUUCGCCGAGCCACAACCACCGGCGACAUCUCCACCUGCUGCCACCAGCCACAGCCACCGGCAGCCGCCCGUUUCAUCCACACUCGCCACUGUCCUUUUCUUCCUCGCUCGCCGCCGGCCGUUUCAUCCAACACACUUCAAUGGAAACUGUUUUGCUGCUCGUUGUUCAGACCCAAAUCCGGCCCGUCGCCGCCGCGAUUUCUUCCUCCUCCACCGCAAUUCUUCCUCCUCCUCCUCCGCCGUCCGCCUCAAAUACUGUAGAAAUGGCCGUCGGGAAACAUCGAGAUGGCAGUAAUGUUCAGUGGUUCAGCAUCGGUGUCAACAUCCCUCUUUCUGAAUUUCACGAUUAUAAGAAUGUUGAAGUUGCGAUUUGUGGGGCUCCUAAUGUAAAUUAG